GUGUGGACAAAGGGAAUCAGAAAUGAACACAUUUAGUUGUUGGAGCCUUUGAGGAAAUGGUCAACAUCAUGCAAGUGACUCACCCAUUGUCAUGUGUUGUCUCACAGUGCUGAGGUCUUUCUUUCCCUAGCAAACAAUUCCUAGUUUCACCACAUGAAUGAGUAUUUUAAUCUUUUGACAUGUUUAAAUAAUUGUAAAGUAUACAAUUGCUGGUUGUAAAAUUACAUUUUGAGCCAUUAGUUCAAAAGUAUGUAAUAGGUACAAUAAACAUAGAUGAUUUUGCAGAUAUUGGAAGAGUAAGAUUGCAUCAAAGUCAUAGUACCAGGAGUACAAUGAAACACUCCAACUUCCCCCUCUUUGCUCUUCUGUUCAUCCUUCCCUCUGUCUGUGCUGGCAGAGCAGGGUUGCAGUCAUGCAUGUGGACACUGUCUUUCUUGUGUGUCCUCUGGUUUUUGCAGCAGCCUUGUGGAGGGGAGUCCAGGCUGUCUCUCCUGUGCCCUCAGUCCCUGACCGUAUCCAAGCACUUGUGGGCUCCUGUGUGGUGAUUCCCUGCUCUUUCACUCCUCUAGCUCCUCAUCCUCUCAGGGGGAGGAAGGAGAAGGUGGAUGUCCGGAUGAGGUACAGAGGUGGUGGCCACAUCUUCCCUCUCCGCAGCAUCGCUUUUAACAGUGAGGACAGAGAUCAAGUGAGCAGGGAUUUCCAAGGCCGGACAUCCCUCUUUGGGCGAAUUGCUGAUGGAGACUGCUCAGUGAAGAUUGAAAGGAUCAGCAACGACGACUCGCGGGUGUUUGAAAUCGCUCUGAAGAGAGGUGAUGACUUACUUUGGGGGAAGCCAAGGAGCUUCAUUCUGGAUGUUGUGGACACUCCCCAGGCUCCUGUCAUCAGCGGCAUGUUGUCAGCCACAGAGGGACAGCAGGUCACCCUGAACUGCUCCGUCAGCUAUCACUGCCCCUCCAGACCUCCUACACUGCGGUGGAGCUGGGAUAGAGGAGCCCAACUGAACAGCACUGAGCCUGAGGAGGUACAGACUCUCCACCCAGAACCCCACAGGCUGAUGUUACUGGUCUCUCUGUCCUUUAUUGUGUCACACAAGGUGAAACCCAGACUCAGGUGUGAAGUCAGCUACCCAGGAGCCAAAACAUUGGCCACUUCAGAGGAUCUGCAUGUGACAUUUCCACCAAAAGAUGUAAUGGUUCAGGUCCAGUCCUUGACAGUGCAGGAGGGGGGCAAUGCAUUGUUGGUCUGCUCAUGUAAAGCUGACCCGCCGGUGACUGCGUACCGCUGGUCCUACAGUCAACAUGGCCGCACAGUGCACCUCCAGCAGCGCACACACACAGUCCGGGUGUUCAACGUGACCCGAGACAUGAGGGUCCGAUGCUCAGCACAGAACGUGAUUGGUCGAGGAGAGUCCCAGCCUACACUGCUGAACAUACAAUAUAAACCAGUCAUCCUCAGCCUCUCCUCCACCUGUGUUGUGGAGGAUUUGAAGGUGGUGUGUCGCUGUUCAGUCAACUCCAACCCCAAACCAGCAGUCACCUGGAGUGUGAAUGGGACUGUUCCACCUCGUGAUUACAACGUGUCGGUAACAUCUGAGUCUGACAUGCUAACCGCUACUCUGAGGGGCCGCAUGGACAAGCCUCAGACGGUGAUCUGCUUUGCUUUCAAUGCACUGGGAAAUGACUCCCUGAUGUUGCUGCAGGGAGGAGAAGAGACAGCACCUUUGUUGUGGUUGGUGAUACCUGCUGUGGCCAUCUGCCUGGUCAUAUUCCUUAUGUCUCUUUUUUUCUAUUGCUGCAGAAAGAGAGCUGGAAAACAUGUCCUGAGUAGACGCCCAGCUGUGUACCCUGAAGAAUUGGGAAUUUAUCAGAACCAGAUGCCCCUCUACAUUAACUGCACAGAAGUAACUCAUAUCUACACCAACGGCAGCUACCAACUUGUAUACCAGAACUGCACACCUCUUUUUGUCCAUACUAAGCAGAUCCGUCCAAUGGGCAGAAGAGGUGGGGAGAGAAGAAGAGGAGGAGAGGGUGGAGGAAUAGACAGACGAGCAUGUUUGGGAGUCAGAGGCACAAGAGAGGUGCAGGGUACUGCUGUGGCCGAUGCAGAGACGGCCAUCUACUUGGAGAUCCUCUGAGCUCACUGUGGAGAUUGUGAUGUGAUUCAUCUGCUGCAUUAAACUCACAAUAGACUUCAGAUUGAUUCUCAUACCGAUGGUAAUGCAUAGCUCAUGUAACUUUCAGUUAUUGUAUAUAUUGUACAUACAUAUAUCUCAUCAUACAUAUGUCACCAACUUUUCACAACCAUGCACUAUGUGAUCUCUUGAAUAGCUAGUGGUGGUCUAUCUCUCCCAUAAUCUCCAUAUUGAAAAAUGUAUGUCUCUUUGAGUGUUGGCCUGUGACCUACCUCUGUUUUUUUUUUUUUUAAUAAAAGAUGAAACAGUUUGAUAAAA